AUGUCACAUGUGAAUGUAACGCACGGCUUCCACUUGGUAACGGGAAAAUUUGAUCAUGCUAUGGAAGACUAUGUUGUUUCACAUUUUAAGCAAAUUGAUGAUCAUGAUCAGCUAGGAUUGUUUGCAGUAUUUGAUGGCCAUCAGAGCUUUGAAAUUCCUAUAUACUUGCAAGUUCAUCUGUUCAAAAACACCAUAAAUGAGCCUGAUUUCUGGAGAGAUCCGGAGAGUGCAGUCAAGAGAGCAUAUCAUGUAACCGACACUAAUAUACUGCAAAGUGAUGAUUUAAAAAAAGGAGGUGCAACUGCGGUUACGGCUAUAUUGUUCAACUGCCAGCAGAAGCUGGUGGUAGCCACUGUUGGGGAUUCUCGUGCUGUUAUCUGCAAGAAUGGUGUGGCUAAACAACUAUCUGUUGAUCAUGAUCCAAUCAAAGAAAAAGAAGAAAUUGAAAAGAGAGAUGGUUACGUAUUAAUCGUUCCAGGGAAACUUCCCCAUGUCGGCGGGUGGUUGUGUGCUGUAGGAAGAGCAUUUGGUGAUUGAACAUUAAAGAAACACAUUAGUUGUGAACCUGAUGUGGUGGUGGAGAUGAUUGACGAGGACACUGAGUUCGUUGUGUUGGCAAGUGAUGGACUGUGGAAUGUGACGUCUAACCAAGAAGUUGUUGAUUCGAUUAGAGGCAUAAAGGAUCCUCGAGCAGCAGCAAAGCACCUAACUGAAGAGGCCGUUAAUAGGAAGAGUUUGGAUGAUAUUUCUUGGAUUUAA